GAUUCAGUGACGGUGAAAGAGAUUCGAAGAAGAUCUUUCUCCACCAAUCCGACUCACAUCCACGUCGCCAACAGAGGGUGACUCGAAACCAUUUCUCCAAGCUACGUAUACCAUAAACAAAUAAAUAAAUCCAGAAAUUAAUAUUAUAAAUUGCUUUCUUCUCCAUUCAUCAUAAUCCAAUCCAUACUUUCUCUGUCAAUCAUUGUAAUCUCUGAGCGCUUUCAGUGAUACGUGCGGAUCAAGGUCGCCCACCAAGAGGUAUUUCCGGAAGCGAGACUCGAACCUAGGCCUUGGUCUAGGGAAGAGAACAAUCCUUACCAGCUCAACUCAACGAACCUAGGAAUAGGUUUUAGAGCCUCGUUGUUUUGCAACUUUUGUUGUCAAAGAAUCAACUUUUAAGCUGGCUGUGUCUGUUAGUAAAACACUGGAAGCUGCUUCGCAACACUUUACUGUCGUUUGCAUUAAGGAAUGGUCACUCGAUAUGGAGACAAUGUCAGUGAAUACUGGAAAUUCCCAUUCCAAUAAAAGGCAAGCGUCAGAGCAUUCGGAAACUACUAAUGAAGAAAAGAGGCCUGCGGUAAAAGAAGUGAGCACUUCUGUAUUUGUUAAUCAUGCUGCAAUUGCUUGGCAUGAGAGGAGAAAAAAGUGGGUUGGGAAUGAGCGGGUGCAAAGAGCAGAAAAGGAUCCAAUCAUAAGCUGGUCAACAUCAUAUGAAGAUCUGUUGUCGACAAAUGAGUCCUUUCCUGAGCCAAUCCCCUUAACUGAGAUGGUAGACUUUUUAGUUGAUAUUUGGCACGACGAAGGUCUCUUCGAUUAGACGAUGUGGAGACAGAUAAAAGUUGGAGAAGGUCAUUGAACCCUAAUUCAAUCUAAUUUCUUGUAGCUGAUCAAUCACACAAGGUUGGAUUCCGGAAAGCGUUGCGAUGAACCGAAGCAAUAUCCUUUUCCGGUUUCUUAAUUCUUUGGAUUGUAAAAUCUAGAUAUUGUUCAACAUUUACCACUUUAAAUUGUGGGGAAAAGAAAGACUAAUGCAGUAAUUUCCUUUGGGAAUACCAGUUAA